UCAUCCCCCACUAAUCAUCAUCUUUUUCUCUACUAUCUUAUAUACUGCUGAAUCGCCUAGCAAUACCUACUUACCAUAAAUAUGUACAAUAAUCACACAGUUCCAUCCUGGACAUACUACCCCUCUACUCCAACACCCUCUCUCUCCACCAUGCCAGCAGCCCAGUUCGCCGCCAUCCGCGGUCGCUCACAACUCCGAGGGCGAGGGAAGGGAAAUGGACCCACCAACGCCUCCCUCCGACCUUUCAUUUUUCCCUCUUCUCAUGGGGACAAGGAAAACGAAACUGAGGGGCGGGAAAAUAAGUGUAAUAAUAAUCUGGCGGGGUGUGUCCGUUUAUCGGAUGCGUGAAUUCUAAGAAAUUUCUUUCUAUUUUCUUCUUUUUCUUCUUCUCUUCAAUUAAGAGUUAGCUUUGGACAAUAUACAGCUUGUUUCUUUCAACUUUCCAAAUUUUGAAUUCCUCAGCUCCCGGAGAAGGUAAUCAAUCAUGUCUGUGAAAGAUACUAUGCGCGCGGUGGUCUUCCGCGGCCCUUAUAAGGUCGCUGUUGAGGAGCGCCCCGUGCCUCGGAUUCAGGAUGCGGGGGAUAUUUUGGUUAAGGUGACUUAUACGGCGCUUUGUGGGAGUGACCUUCAUGUGUACCGUGGCAUAGAGCCCUCGGGGACGGGCUAUGUGAUGGGCCAUGAAGUUACUGGUGUGGUGGUUGAGACGGGCGAUGCUGUGCAGUCUGUCCAGAAGGGGGAUAAGGUCGUGAGUGCUUUUACGACGUCCUGCGGGAAGUGCUACUACUGCAAACAAGGAUACUCGUCCCGUUGCGAACAGAAUAUGCUUCUGGGUUGCGACCAUCUGGAUGGUGCUCAGGCCGAAUAUAUUAGAAUCCCCAAUGCGGAUGGAUCGGUGGUCAAAGCCCCUGAGGGCGUCGACGAGAAAUACCUCGUCCUCAUGGCGGAUAUCUUCCCGACUGGCUACUUCGCCGCGCGGAAUGCAUUCAAGACCUCUACUAAGGAGCAAAUCGCAGAGCAGACGGUUGUCCUCAUCGGCUGCGGGCCAGUCGGACUCUGUGCGUUGAUCAAUGCGCUGGAGUACAAGCCUAAGCAUUUACUGGCGGUUGACUCCGUCCCUGCGCGUCUGGAACUUGCCAGGGAGCUGGGAGCUGAGCCCUGGAACUUCCUGACUGACCGGGAAGGCCUCGACAAGCGCGUCCUGGAGUUGACGGAGGGACGUGGUGCUGAUGCUGUCAUUGAGGUGGUGGGAUUGAGUCCGGCGCUGAAGACUGGUUAUGAUCUGCUGCGGCCGUUCGGCACCAUUAGCAGUGUUGGUGUGCACAAUGGAGAGAUCCCGUGGAAUGGAUGUGAGGCCUAUGGAAAGAACCUCACGGUCCAGAUGGGCCGGUGCCCUGUGCGGUCCGUUUCGGAAGAGGCGUUGGAAGUUCUGAAGAAGAACCAGCAUCGUCUUGGCUUCAUGGCCGACAAGAUCAUGCCCCUGUCGCAGGCGGUUGAGGCGUAUGAGAUUUUCAACGCCAUGAAGGUGCAAAAGGUGAUUUUCGAGGCGGACAAAUAGAAUAAGAAUGGCAUCUCGCUAGACCCAUGAAGAUAAGAAGCGCUUGAAUUCUUUACAUGACAUGCAGUCUAGUCAAAAAUGUCCGUUAAUUAUUAUGUGGUGGUAGUAAUCAAGGAUACCAGGCGAGCGUCAGCCACAG